AUUUGUGUUGGCAAUAUAAAUAUUUUGAGGACUAUAAUCCAAAUUUGGAGAAAUGUUACCUUUACUUAAGCCAUAUUUACGGCGCAUUAAUGCUUCAAUCAAUACUUUUGCUUAUUUUAUCCACAGAGAGGUCAAAACUAAAAUUAAAUAAACUUAAGUUCAUUGAAUCGGUUUUACUCAGUGUCAAUCUAUAUAGAAGAAAUAUAAAAAAUAAUCAAAAACUAGAUAAAGAAAAAAAAAAAGAAAAAAAAAAGAUGAAGUCCACACCACAUGGAUGUCUACCAAUCUCAUAUCUAUAAAAUGCAUAACAUGUGGAUGCAUGAAAAUCACAAUUCAAGACUAUCACAAAAGAAGAAGCAAACUUACUAAUUGAACUUAAGUGUUAAGAGUAGAUAAAGAGAGAGAAAGAGAUGGCUAAUGCUGUAGAACAAUCCUCAUUGUAUCCAUCCUUUGUAGACGCAAGAAUCUCAUUCUCCAAUGAUUUUGCAGACAGUGACAGUAAACAGACAGUGUCAAGAGUGGAGGAUCAGAUGAAGUACAAGGAAGCUCCUGUUUCUUCGGAUUUCAAAUUCAAUGUCGAAAACUUGGGUUUCACUUCUGCGGCUGAUGAGAUCUUCUUUGGUGGAGUUUUGUUGCCACUGGAGAAGACUACUCAGAGGAAAGUGACGACACUUAGAGAUGAACUAAGUGCUCAAGAUUCUGACCGUACCAUCAUCUCAAAGGGAUCUCGUAAUUGGUGGAAGUUAGGUCUCAACAAGUCCAAGAAAAUCCAUGCACACAAAUCUCAGAAUUGUCUUGCAAGUAUAAUGGAAUCUGAUGACUGAAAGAUCCACUCCGGAAAAAGUCAGCUAACUACGGCGAACUAGAUAUGUAAUGCUAAUAAAAAGCUAUAUAUUAUUAUUUUCGAUUUUUUAUUGUUCUUAUUUUUCCUGUUUUUCUUGGAGUUCUCUCUAAUUUUUAUGUAGUUUGUUUCCUAUGACCUAUGAUCAUCAUCGUUAGCUAUAUUAUAUCUCCAUCGUUGAAAAACCACUUGAAUGCAACUGGUUCAGUAUUCUAAUAAACUCUCUGGUUAACACCUAAAUGAUUA